GUUACAGAAGGUUGAAAGUUCGAGGGAAGGAGUGGUGGAGAAGUGCAGCUGGAUGUUCCUGCAGAUUGGACUGUAGUUUGUCAGAGUUCAGUAAGAAACAACCAACAGGUAAUCAUGUCAGGACGGCUUGAUGCACACCGAACAGACGGUGUGGAUAAAAAUGUUUGGGUUGAAUUCACGAAGCUGGCAGCCGACUACAAAGCAGUGAACCUGGGUCAGGGGUUUCCUGACUUCUCCCCUCCAAAGUUUGUGCAGGAGGCGUUCUGUAAAGCUCUGAGUGGAGGACCCCUGAUGCACCAGUACACCCGAGUGUUUGGCCACCCCUCCCUUGUGAAAUCUCUGGCUAAAUUCUUCAGUAGGAUUGUGGGACGUGAGAUUGAUCCCUUUGAGGACGUUCUGGUCACAGUCGGAGCGUAUCAGGCUCUCUUCUGUGCGUUUCAAGCUCUAGUGGAUAAAGGAGAUGAGGUCAUAAUUGUCGAGCCGUUCUUCGACUGCUACCAGCCGAUGGUGAAGAUGGCGGGAGGGAAGGCAGUGUAUGUUCCUCUGAGGCCGACAGCUGAAGGUGGCGCUGUCGAAUCAAGUGGAGACUGGGUUCUCUCGCCUGAGGAGCUGUCCAGUAAAAUCACUCCUCGCACGAAAGCCAUCGUUAUCAACACUCCCAACAACCCGUUAGGCAAAGUUUAUAAGACUGAGGAGCUCCAGAUGAUCGCUGAUCUGUGCAUCAAACAUGACAUGCUGUGCAUCAGUGAUGAGGUGUAUGAGUGGCUGACUUAUGAUGGAGCAAAGCAUGUGAAGAUCGCUAGCCUUCCUGGGAUGUGGGAGCGAACCAUCACCAUCGGCAGUGCAGGAAAGACCUUCAGUGCCACUGGCUGGAAGGUCGGCUGGGCGAUGGGUUCUGGAAAUGUCAUCAAACAUCUGAAAGCCGCCCAUCAGAUGUCUGUGUUUGAUUGUGCAACCGCUGCUCAGGAGGCAGUAGCGCAGGGGUUUGAGAGAGAGUAUGAGGUGUUUGGUACUCCAGAGAGCUACUUCAAGCAGCUGCCCGCGAUGCUGCAACACAAGAGGAACAAGCUGGCCUCAUGUCUGCAGAGUGUGGGUCUGCAGCCCAUCAUGCCUGAGGGAGGAUACUUUAUCAUUGCAGACAUCUCCUCUGUCAAGGUGACUGACCAGAGCACUGAGGAGGAACCUUACGACUUCAGAUUUGUUAAAUGGAUGAUUAAAGAGAAGGGUUUAGCGACAAUCCCCGUGUCUGCAUUCUACAGCCCAGAGCAUAGCAAGGAGUUCAACAAAUACGUCAGAUUCUGUUUCGUCAAAGAGGACUCCACUCUGGACGCAGCCCAGGACAUCUUGAGAAAUUUUAGUUAAUAAAAAAAAGAAGAA